AUCUGGCUGUUUUUCUUCCUGUUCUGGCUGGGACAAGGGAGGCGGAUGGCUCCCCCAGGUUUUGUGGAGAGCAGUUGCCGCUCCAGAAUUUUUUGGAUGAAACUGAAUAAACUCUUGCUCCAGGGAAAGUUCUUCCAGCUGGAAAUCUAUGAUCCCUAUUCUGGCCCAGUUCUGCUGGAUGAGCAGCUGGCCUCUCGCUGUGGCUAUGUGCUGUCAGAGGACGUGUGGGGCAAUCCCGUCUUCCGUGCCUCGGUGCUCGGCUGUCACGUGGCCAAUGAGGCAGAUGAGCUGUUUUCACUGACUGUGAACAUCAAAGUCUCCUCAUUUUCAAGCAUGAGGGGAGCUGUCACCUACACCUACCCUAUGUACUGCUCCUAUGCAUCCUGGGCUUCAAGAGAAAUUGUGUGUGAAGAAAACUACAUGGAGGUGUCAGUGAAGACUGAUGUCCCAGCAGUUUCAAAUGACUACACUGUAGCAUGGAUGUCAGCACUGCCAGAGACUCAAAAUGUUGCAUACCAGCAAUGGCAACUGAUGUUUGUUUCUCCAUCAGGGAGAAAGAGAAUAACAGUAAGUGAUGCACUAAAACUGGGCUACAGCUUCAAUAACAGCCUGUCCCGGGUGUACCUGCGAGCGCCCUACCACAGCAAUGAGUCUGAUGUCAGCGUGGUCAGUGGUGUAACUAUGAACAUGAUCACUUCCACUUCCAUGUACAGGCAGCGGUGGCUGCUUUUGCUGAUUGACACAACUGUCUCCUGUCCUGUUGAUGGCAUCAGCUUCACCGAUACCACACUAACAUGGACUGUGCCAAGAAUUAUCCCCACACUAGUGGUCCAGGAAUCCACCUUCCUGUCCAAAAGCAUUGUCAUGGGAGUGGAUGAUCAAGUCAUAGUGAAUCCAGAGGAGAUGAACUACUCACUGGAGUACAACGAGACACACAUCAGAAUAACCAUCCCAACUGGAGCAGAAGGGGGCAAGCUAGAGAGCUCCAUUUCUGGUGGUGUAUAUGGAGUCACUUACUGCAUUGACCUGUUUCUGGAGCACACAUGGACGGAUGCAGAUUGGCAAACCACGAAGUAUACAGUCAUCAAAUCCAUCACCACCCCUUUCACGCCACAAAUACCAACUGUUAUCAACAACACUGUGCCAGAGGAAAGGCUAUUUAAUGUUGCACUUGGACACUUUCUUCCCGAUGUCUCUCUGGUGGCAAUCACAGUAGGAAAUGUGCAAUUUUCCCUGAGGGAAGCACAGCACCACGGUUUCAAGAUUUAUGAAACUCCCUUUUCUAAUGGAACAAAAGCAUUUAUCCUGGAAGUCUCUUUUGAUGAUCCAUAUGUUCUGAGAGAGUAUGUGAAUAGAAAUGAAACAAAAUACACCCUCCUGGUCAACUACACCCUUAGUGUGGGUCUGGAGAUGACAAUCUACUAUCAGGCAGCAGAGGUGGAGUGUGUGGUUGCUGAUAUUGUAGUUCCAGAAGCAGUUGGUUCCUGUGAUGAAGAGAACCUGUAUCUGACCCUGCCCACUUUUGGCUUGCACCAGUACUGGGACCUGUACCUUGGUAACAAGCUCCUGAACCGGCACCUUGCCCUCACCAAUGGGUACCUUGCAGCCACCAACUCCACACACCUGAUCCUGCAAAUACCUCUGUUUGCUGGGGGACUCAUCUAUGAGGAAGUGUCCUUUCAGAAAAUUAAAGCAAGGUUUGAUGUUGCCCUAAGGAAAGUGAGAACUAUGGAGACCUUACAGAUGUUCUCCAUCAGCUGCAGUUUUAAUUCUUCAGCAUUUAUAAUUUGCCACCCGGAUGGUACCAUAAUGGUAUCUGCCCAAAUGAGGACAGUUCCUGCCAUUGACAUGAGUAAAACCAAGUUAAGGGACAGCUCCUGCAAGCCUAAGGAGUAUAAUGAAGUCCAUGCCUUCUUCAAGUUCCAUGUCACUACCUGUGGCACUUCAGUAAGGUUUGAAGGUGACCACAUUAUUUAUGAGAAUGAAAUCUCUUAUGAGAAAGAGACUCUUCCAAGACAGAGCAUACCAACAAUCACAAGAGAUCCAGACUACAGGUAG